GACCAUGAUAUUGCUGCAAAUUGUAGCACUGGGAAACACUAAAAUGUGAGCUGAAGAUAAUCCUGACACCGCUUACUAUAAACCUUGUGUGAGAAAAGGAGGAAAAGAAGAACGCGAUUUAAGACAGACGGGGGAUUGUAAUGUUUAACAUCAAAUAUUUACGAAUAGGUUGCAUUAAAAGGUCAAAGGCAUUGAACGGUAAUGUAUUAGGAUACUGUAUUGCAUCAGAUGUCGGAAAUUAGCGUAUACACCAAACAGAACCAAACGCUUCAAGUGUGCGCAACAUCACAUCCGUACAUCUGCAUUAUUGUCAACAAAUGAGGGAUGACACAAACGUGUUGCUAGCGUGGCACCACAGUAAGGUGUGGAAAGUAAUCGAAUGCGCACAAACUGUCGCGUCAAAGUGCGCCAAAAGAAGGAUCACAUGGCCAAGGAAGGGUAGAGAAUGGAACGAAGAAUUUCGCACAGAAUUCCUUUGUCGGUACCGUGUAAUGUAGCUUCAGUUGGCAGCACUUUGCACCUGUGAACAUUACGUUACAUUCUUAUUGCUGAUUCCUAAUUUAAUUCAGCUUUGAUUUCGAAUGAUGAUCGGUUCUGCUAAAUUCCCUGAGAUGGAACCCUGCACCCUCCCUUGGGUUUAAAUAAAAAGGAUAUGGGACUGACGACGACGGGGACCUCAACAUCAAGUGCAAUCAUUAUAUUAGUGUUUGUGGUCGUGGCUGGAGUUUCGGCCGAGGUGAAAUGUGGGAGCAUUUACAAGGGCUUCUCGGACUGUGUGCUGGAGCUUGGAGAGAGUAUGGCUAACUACCAGGAGGAGGAGAACACCGAGAAAGGAGUGGAGGUUGUGUGCAGCCACUGGGAGGCGUUCCACUCCUGUGCCACCACGGCGCUGGCGGAGUGUCAGGAGGAGGUGGGCCGCAUAUGGGAGAGGCUGAAGGAGGACUCCAAGAAGAUCCGAUUCCAGGGGAGCCUGUUCGACCUCUGCAGCCCCAGCGCGGCCCCCUGCCUGGGCUCAUCCUCCUAUUCACUGCCCCUGCUGCUGCUCCUGCUGGCCCUGGGCUCUCCCGCCUGGCUCUCCCUGUAGACUCCUCACCAUCACCGCACACCCCCGCAACUCCCCGUGUGGUCUCUUCCUGAGGACAUUCAGAACUCAAGUUUGUGGGCUGAACCAUCAAAUCAAGGGGGGUAACAGGGGACGGGGGGGACAGGGUGGAGAGGUGUUGGGUUCCAAGGAAUUGGAUGAAGAGAACUGGUUGAAAGAAACAGGCCAAGUGUUCAGUGUUUUAAGUGUUCUGUCAAUAUUCAGAUGUGUGUUCAGUUCCCUUCCAGUGAGAGCAGCUACAUGGCGUGACAAUCAAGACCCCUGAACACCGUGGCCAUUUUCCACUCACUCCCGCCCCUCAUGGCUGGAGUUGCACAGCUGCUAUCACAAAACCAAAAAGUGUACACACCACAAAUGAUUUGGGAUAUUCUGUUAAAACGCAGAUAAGUGGUUUUGCUUGUGUUACAGCUAUAUAGCUGAUGUUAAAUAUCAUUCCAAGUUCUGAGCACCUUAACACCUGAAUUGAAAGGGUCACUCCACCAAAAGGUAAGGAAUACUGUCACAGUUUAUUUUUUGGUAUAGUGACCUGUAGCUCUACAUAAUUUAGUGUAAGGGCAUGAGUGUGAUGUGAUGCUUAGAAUACAAAUAAACAUUCAUUGUCAGUGUGUGAAAGCUGCUGUAGGGGUCAGAGGUCAAUGUUCAAUGAUUGCAAUGGUUGCAAUGCACUUCUUACUUAAAUUUCACUAAUGAUUUAACCAUCUGCUACCUUUCUUUCAUUUCACUAUAUGGGUGCAAAAGUAGAAAAAAGUAAAAAAAUAAAAAA